UUUGACAAUGCAGAAAUAGAAAUUAUCUCUGCUAGUGAAGAAAGCUAGGGCUUUCGGUCACUAUUUUCCUGUUUGAUCGUAAAUAAAUGACAACGAACCAUAAAUUCGAGGAAAAUCGCCGAACAACCGGUUCUAGCAAGGAUGGCGACUGGAUUUGUUCGGAUUCCGAGUGCAAAAACUCAAACUUUGCUCGUCGGAAUAAAUGCAACCGGUGCGGCCGUGAACGGGUUCACCUCCAAGGAUUUGAAAAAUGUCACAACAGCAGCAGUUCAAGCAAUAUGGAAUCAGUUCCUCACACAGGGAGUAAGAAAAAGGUUGGCAUUGAAAUCGGAAAAGUUGCGGCUGAGAAAUCGAGAGGACUGUUUAGCGCCGAAGAUUGGCAGUGUAGCAAAUGCGCCAAUGUGAACUGGGCCCGACGCCACACAUGCAAUCUUUGCAACGCUCCGCGAUUUUGCGAAGUAGAGGAACGUACCGGCUAUGGAGGAGGUUAUAAUGAUCGAGGAACCGUAGAAUACAAAGAACGCGAAGAGUCUGAUGACGAAUAUGAUGAAUUCGGUCGCAGGAGGAAAAAGAGGAAAAUAAGUAACGAUGGUCUGAACAAGUCAACCAACGAGGGAAGCCCCGAAAUACCCCGGAAAAAAACAUUUCAUUCUACCGGUGAAAACGAUGAUGAUGACGAAGAAGAUGAUGAAGAUGGUGAUCUCUCGAAAUACGAUUUAUGGGGAUCAGAUGACCAAGAACUGAUGAAAGACAAUAUCAGCCAUACCAAAAGAAAACAUUCACAUGCUUCGCCAACGACUUCUAGGUACUCUCGCUCCAGAUCUAGAUCAACAAGUCCACAUGAAAAAAGCGAUCGUAAUCGCAGUCAUCAACCCAACAUUCGUAUACGGUCGAGGUCUCGUUCAUCGCAGAAAAUGGAAUGCAGCAGCUCAUCCUUUCGUCAUUAACCACUUGCGACGCAAAGAAAUUAACGGUUAAACGUGUCAGAACAGUCGAAUGCAAAUCAACAUUCUCUGCAACAAACGCCUGACGACGACGUUUUUGACACUUCGCUGGCGUUUCGGUAACAGAAGCAUCUCGACGUGUGCGUGGCCGUAUUUCCAUUGCAAAUGGUUAACAUCCACAUAAUCGGAUAUGGUAAUAUAGAUCAUCGUGAAAAGCAGACGCUUCGUGCUUCCUUUUUCUUCUAAUUAUUCUGUUUCCAAUCUUGUUGAAUACAUUACAAGCUCUUGCAUCCAUAUGUAUAUAAAAAGCAAUUUAAAGAUAGAACAUCAGCUUCUUGAAUUUCGGAACACACUAUCCGUCUGCUUAAUAUUAUAAUCUAUGUUCAAUUAAUAUAGAAAAUUCAAAUCAUGCAAAUAAGAAAAAAUCGUAAAAUUAAAACCAUCCCAAACUAAAAUUGCGGAUUCAUACACUUGCUUUCGAAAAUUCUGGUUGAAUACAGCUGAACGAAAAUAUUCAAUGUACUGGUUAUUUGUUUCAGGUAAAUGUUUUAACCCGAUACUAAAUAUGUUUUAUAUCCAUCCAAUACUCUUGAAGCUCACAGCAAUCAAAAAUGUAAGUACAGGAAACAUAUAUCACGUCGAGAAGACUAUCUGAAAUAAAAAAGAACUUGUAAAACAAUCAGAUCAUCCCAUUCUAGAAAGGCUUUGCUUUGGAGCGCACGUUGUGUGAACUUCGUUCAUUUGAUUAAGGAAAAAUCAGAAUUUUGACUCUAAAAUGAUGAGUAUUUCAAUUAGUUCUCAAAGUUUCAUUCAUUUAUUGAAUUUGUUUGGUAACUACAACUUAAUACCGAAUAUACUGUAUAGUA